ACGCUUCAGUUCGUUUAUUCGAGGAAGCGUCUUUAUUAUUUAUCGCCAACACAAUAAUGGCUGCUUCCCUACAAAUGUUCUCCUCUUCACCGUCGAAUAUAGUCGACAUUGGUGGGCCAAAGACGUCUGAGAGGUCGCUAUAGAUCCGCCUUUCCCGCUGUCACAUCUGGCCUGGCUCAUUACCCACGAUGCAUCACCAGAGUGCUUUGUGUUCUCUUUCUGACCGACACACAUAACCUCAGCUGCUGUCCUCUUCAAUCCACUUCACAACAAUAAGACGUCCGACCUCGUUUGAUCUGAUCGAACUCCUUUGACCCCCGAAAGAAUGGCCGGCUCUAGUGAUUUUCCUGCGAUCGAAGGCGGUGGCAUGGGCGGCAUGAAGCUGCCCAUCGGGAUGACCAGACGCGCCCUGAGCUACGACGACAACCUGGAGGCGCCCAUGUCCACGCCCCCGCACGACAUCAGCAUCAACAACCUGUGGAGGAGGCCCGUCAUCCCAGAGAGGAAGUUCACUCACCUGGCAGAGGAGGAUGAAUCCAGUUUAGCUACUCGUUCUGCCUUAGACAGCGCCCCCCCCAGGCCCCCUGCCAUAGUGAAAACCAAAGCUUCCUCUUUAAUCGUCAACUCCAUCAUCACAAAACACACCCAUGACAGCAUGUCCAAGUUCGAGCAGAGGGCGGGGCUUAGUGACACUGGCUACACUCCACACAAAGGCCUGACCGCAGAGGAGACCAAACACCACCACCGCCUGCCCGAGGCCCUGCAGAAGCUGCAGAUUCAGAGCCUUGAGCCCAGAGAAGACAAACAGAGCUCUUCCACUCAGUCCACUCCAUCCACCACUCCACACAGCUCCCCCAGACACCAGCGCAGAGGUUGGUUCCAAAGCGCUGGCUCUGAGGCCAGUAUCACGUCCAGCUCAAACUCCAGUGUGGACCUUGGCCCUGUGGAAUCUGCAGGGGGCGUUGUUGAGCGGUGGAGUGUGUUUGGUCCACGGCCAGUAGUACACAAGUCCACCUCUGAUGUGGGGUCUGAGGCCACCAGUGCAGCAGGCUUUGCUCUGCAGGCGUACCGUGGAGCCCAGAAGCCAACCCCCAUGGAGGUGAUGAAGUCCCAGGCCACCCGGCUCGCGGACCCCACCCCUCAGCAGGUCAACCCGCCCAAGCUGGAAAUACCCACCGUGGAAGGCCGCAAGCAGGGAUCGAGGCCCCACAAGCUCAAGCACCGGGACAUGAAUAUCCUCACGCCAUCCGGGUUCUGAGGUUCGCCUGGCACGACACGAGACACGCCUCGCUCCAAUCGAAUCUCAUCAAUGACACCACAAAAUUCUACCGGCCUCCAUUACGCAAAAUUGAGCUGUUAGCUGUGUUAUAAUGACCUCCUCAGAAACAUGCCAGGAGUUGUGUUUUGUUUCAUUCACAUAUUCUCCAAAGCUCAGAAUGGUCUGUUUUCAAGUGAACAGGGACUCUUUACCUUUUGUUCAGUAGAAAUUGGCUGAAAUUAUCCAAAUGUGUGAAGGUGUAUGGAGUCUAAAAAGACAGCGGGGCUGUUCCUGCUUUACCACAUGACGUCACGAUUUGAAAAAGAAUGUAUUUUUCCAUUUGAGAAAAGAAAUCAGCCUAAAUAUGCAGAGUUUGUGAGGUAAACAUGUGAAUGAAACAAAACACGACUCCAGGUCUGUUUGUGACAAGGGAACGACUUGAUAACAGAUCAGAAAACAGCGUAAUGUGGGCUCUUUAAUGUUUGACUGAGAUGGGCACAGGUAAAAGUUGUUCAUUUGCUGAAUCUGUGUUGUUGUCUGAAGAAUACAGCUGGAUAAUGGACCUUUUCUCUAACACCUGGAGACAUUUCCAACCUAAAAUACCAGAUAAUUAUACAUACUCAUUAGAAGAAUACUUACUCCUGCCUCAUCUGAGAAAGGACACAGAACAUGCACACUUUAAAACCUCAAAACAAUGGAAAAAGCAUAAAUUAGAAACUGAAAUAUCCAUAACAAGAAUUCUCUCCACCACUAUCUCAUCUGAACACAGGCAAAGCAGGUUAGUGUGUUGCCCAAACUGCCAGCCUGCAGACUUCUGGGUCUCUGCUCAUUUUCAGAAGGAUUUUAUUUUGUUGUUUGGUUAAAAAAAAAAAAAAAAGCUUUGCCAAAUGUUGAAUAUUGUGAUUAAUGGUCCAUUGAAUUGAACUGUUGUCUCUCUCUCUCAUUGUUCCUGCAGCGUCUCUGGUGUUUUGACGUUCUAUGGUUUGUCUUAUUUAUGGCGCGUUUUAAAGGUGCGCUGCUGAACUUUUGUCUUCAUAGAGGUUUGUCUAGAAAGUUUCACAGUAGAGACUAAACACCACUAUUCACAGAGAGAAUUAUUACAGAAACACUCGGAAUAAAUAAAAUCUAGAUGGGCGUGUUUAGUGUCGUACCAUGGAUCAUUUCAGGCAAAGCAACAACAUCACCAUGGAGACAAGACCCGAAAAGUCACGCAAUGCACCUUUAAGUUACAAGGACCGAUAUAAUAGGGACCUAAUAAUGAAGAUAAUGAAGAGAACCAAUGGAGCUCAACAGUGACCCCUACCCUUUGCUUCUGGAACAAAAUUUCCCAUUCAUUUUUUCAAGAACAUAGAGAAAAAUCCCACAUACAUCUUACUUACAAAUUGUGAGAUUUAUUAGGACAAACCGUGCAACGUUUCAGGCCCUACAGAAUUAGAGUUCACGUGCCCAUCUUAAAUAGGGUUCUUUUAAUAUUAUUUUUUUCUGGAAGUCUCUGGGGAAAAAAUGAACAGUAUAAAAGUUUGAAAGCUGAGGGCUGAUCAGCUCUGUGGUAACAAAUGGAGUUACUAAAGAAUCGAUUAUUUUAUUUAAAAUCACUUGUGAAUCUUGUGUUUUAAAGGUGCUCUAUGGGGGUCCGUCACCUGCUUGUUUCUAUGGAUAUGUCAUUGCUAUACCUGGAAUGUUCCACAGUAUGACUUUAAAUAGCUCUACCUUAGAUUUAUUAGCUGGUCACAUUUUUAUAUAGCGCUUUUCCACCUUCAAGGCUCUCAAACUGCUUUACAUCAUCAUCAUCAAGCAGACACUGGGGGCAAAGUGGGUUAAGCAUCUUGCCCAAGGACACAAUGACGGCAUUCAUCUGUGGGAGGUGGAAUUGCACCACCAGCCUGACAUCGAGAGCGAGAUUCGAACCGCCAAACUUCUGAUCAGUGGAUAAUCACUCGACCAAAUGAGCUACGGUCUCCUUUUUUUUUUUUUUUUUUUUUAUAGCUCAAAUAUCUAAAAAUACCAGCAUUCUGACUCUGAGCGGGGUCUCCUCUCCACAGAUCUGACCCGUAACUUGGUCUGGUUUGGUCUCCGUGAAGAUAGAAAAGUGUAACGCUUUACUGUGAAACAUUCCAGACAAAGCAACAAACAUCUCCCUGGAGAAACGCACGUGACAGACCCUCCGCGAAAAGAAAAGUGACAAGAUGCAUCUUUUAAGAUUUUAAUUUUCCAAAAGUCUAUGGGUAAAAAUGAACGGAAAAUUGAAGCGGUCACUGUUGAGCUACGUACGUGCAGGAUAAUGAGUUCUGUUUUUUGUUGUAAAAUGCACUUUGCACUAGUUCCAUGUUACAGUUGCUCGUUAAACACAUUGAUGGUUUUUAGUUAACAUCUGGAAAUUCUUCGCUUUGUAAUUUAAUUUACAAAGCCAGAAUUUUUUUCUCAGGAAACUUGUGCUGGAACAUUUUAGUUUGGUCGGUCAUUAUAGUAAAAACAAAUGGUAAGAAUGAUACGUAACGCAUGAGAAGGUCCUAGAUUACACAAAACUGACUUGUCCAAAGAUCCAGGACUGUUUGCGAUGAGGAAACAACAUCAGAAAAACAGAUCAGAAAAUUGCGUAAUAUGGACCAUUUUAGUUGAAAGAUUUCUGGAUGUGUAAGAUAAGACAAAGCAUGAGGGGCAUUAACGUUUUGGUCAGUAAACGGGUUAGUUUAGUUAAAAAGGAUCAUAAAUACUGGGUCAUUCCUUACAGAUCUAUAGCUCUAUUUUCUCUUACUAACCUCGUUUUAAGUAGUAGUUUACCUAAUAUUCUUGCAUAUAUUAUUGCUUAUAGGCUUUUCAUAUGAUCUCGAAGUUGCAGCUGAAAUAAAAGUAUAUAGUGUGAAAUUAUAAUGGGAGUAAGAGUGACUAAACGUGACAAAAAUGUAAAAAAAAAUUGACUGAAUAUUAGACUGAUGGACUUUUUAGUGGCGAUUGUGAAAAAAUUAUUUGUUGUAUAUCUGGUAAAUGGGCACAUCUUUGUUCCAUGUUGUUUUAUAUUUGGUUUCUUAAUAGAAUUUGGCUCGUUUUAAUGUUAUUUUUUUCUCCAGCCAAGUGUUUUGUGAGUUUUGAAUUUGCUGAUGAUAUUGAUUGAAAUUUAUUAUUUUUUUUGUCACCGAGCUGUUACGCCGGCUAAAAAGUGUGUUAACAGUUCCUCAUUCUACAGGUCAUUUGUUAUUAAGUUAAAUGUUUUAAGUUUUUAAAAUGUGUGUGAUUUAAACGUGCACUGUGUAGCUUUUUGGUUUUGGGGUCCGUCACUCUGCCUGGAAUGUUCCACAGUGUGACAUUAAACAGCUCUACUUUACAUUUAAAGCUCAAAAGUGCAUAGAAAAACACAUUCUGACUGUGAGCGGAGUCGCCUCUGCACAGAUCUGAGCCGUAACUUGGUCUGGUCUGGUCUGCAUGGCGAUAGAAAGGUGAAAAAUUCCAGACAAAGCAAUAACACUUCCACGGAGAAACGAAUUUGGCAGACCCUCCACCAGAAAAGCAACACAAUGCAGCUUUAAUGUUGUAUUUAUACCACUGACUGACUUUUGAUUUUGCACUUAUGUUGUUUCAGUUUAAAUCUGAAAGUUCAUGCAAUAUGGUUAAUGAAAAAAAAUAAGACUCAAGUAAAUAAAUAAAUGUUUUGAUGUGUUAAAAAGAGGUCAAAUAAUACUGAACAACAUUGUGUUUUCAUACGACUUGAAAAAUAGCAGUUUAAAUGUUCCUCCUAAAACUGUUAAAACAUGAAGUGCAGUCACAAUUUGAAUGUUUGUGUUUCUGUGCAGAUGGUUCUGUUCUUUUUUUUUUUUUUUUUUUUUGUCCAAUUGUAACAAAUCCAGAAAUAGCAAAAAAUUCAAGUAAGACUGUUGAUAUUAAGUUUGAGUGUGUCUCAAAAAAAAAAAAGAAAGAAAGAAAAAAUCUCUAUCUCUCUCUGCCAAAUCUGAAAUAAAUGUUAGAGAAGAACUCCAAAAAAAC